AUGGAUCCCACCAACGUCGCACAACCCGAGGCACCCACCUGGAAAUUGGUCAUCAUUCGCUCCCUCAAACUCAUCAUACUCGGCAGCGUGGUGAUGCACCUGCAUCCACACACCGGCACACAACCCGAAACGCCCGGCUUGGGAACAUGGGAGAUUCUUUACCUCCUCAAAGUUAGCCUCAUCACCACUACAAUGAUCUUCUUGGCGGUAUAUGUACGACGAGUCGCCUCCGCCUAUCGCCAACUCAUCAUCGAUGAGCUCCAGCGUGGCGAUGAGCUUCAACCCUCGCCAGCCCUGCAGCCAUCAACCCCACCUGUUCCCCUCGCGGACAUACAGUAUGGCGAUGCGUCUCAUUCCUGGGCAAUCCCGCCGCAAUCAACCCUAUCUACCAUCCCCGAGGAGACACAUCACAGCGAUGAGGCUGGAUCCUCGGCAACCGCGGAACAAUCAACCCCAUCCGAGCCCCGCCAGGCCGAUCGUUCAGACUCCAUAGUCGACAACGACCCGGAGAACACGAACGACCGGGAGCCAACGCCAUCCACUGACGAAUCUGAGGUUAUCGAAUAUCAACCAAGGCAUGAACCGCACAUUUGA